UGUUGGCACUCACUAUCCUCAUACCCUUCACACCGAACAGUAAGAUGUGGGCGUCAGUAUGGCUUGUGGGUGUGGUGGUUCUGGCGGGCGUGACCAGUAAGACAAACGCCCGAAGAUUCGACCUAGAAUGCGAGACUCUUCCGUCAACCAUACACAUCGCUAAAGAUGAGUUCGACGAUGCUGGACGGGUGACGAGGACGUGUGAGGAGGACCUCGCUGUCAACAAGUGUGAGGGAGAGUGUAUCUCUAAGGUGCAGCCUUCAGUCAACACUCCUUCAGGCUUCCUCAAGGACUGUCGGUGCUGCAGGGAGACUCACCUGAGGGCACGGGAGGUAAAGUUAACUCACUGCUACGACGCUGACGGUAACAGACUGGCUGGUGAACGAGGUGCCCUGGUCAUUACCCUCAGGGAACCCAGCGAGUGUCAGUGUCUCAAGUGUGGCGACUCAACACGAUAGUUAACAUCACUUUCGUCCCAGUCACCACCAGCCUCACCUCUGACUUCUGAUCCUGACAGCCUCAACACAACCUCAACUCUCACCCUAGCAUACUCCUGCUCCUGCUGGCCUGUCUUAAUGACUUCUAUUGCCUGUCUUCACGAUGUUUUCCCCUUCCCAACCCAUCACAGUGACCUGUGACCCACCAUCCUGGUCUUGUUUUGUGGACUGACUCCACCUUCACUUACCUUGAUACCAUGGUAUUUUGCUUCUUGUAACCUCAGAUCUAGAGAAGCACCGCGACGGUCCAGAACACCACCAUGUUCCAUGAUGCGACGUCUGCUUCUCACAAGAUCAAAUUGCCGCUUCUGUUAGGAUCAAGAAAUAUACUUUAAUCAAAGCUAUUAUUUCUGAUAUGAACAGCAUACAAGAGUUCUAGUUGUACUAUUUUUUAAGCAUUAUUGUAUUUUCUUACCCAGUUAUUGGUUGCUUAGAGUAAGAAAAUAAAGAUAGCUGACAUCCUCAAUUCAACAAGCUUCAUAAGAUGCCAAUAUCAGACGAAUACAAUAACUAAGAACAGAUGUUGCUGCCUCACACCUGUCCAAGAAGCUGCUAACAUACAACGUGUGCCAGUAGACAUAUAAUGCCACUUGAUGUUUAGUUUAAGUGUUGUCUGAGCAUUUGAAAAUGGAGGAACGAUUAUAAUCAUGUGUUUUAGUGUUGCUUCUAGCCAGUGCUGUAUUUCAAGGAUAUUUAAUGUAAAAUAUUUAUUAUCUACAUCUAGAUUUAAAAAAGUAUUUUAGAGUUUAGAAUAACUAUUUAUAUGUGCUACUCGUAGCCUCAAAUGACUCUUAGUGUUGGAUUAUUAGUAUUUAUAAUAGUCUGUUUAUGACUGAGAUUACCCAGUCUACCAAUAAUGGUUGUAAUGUGCUUACGAUACUGUGUGUUCAGAGUAACUCUAGCAGAAUAGCAGGAGCAAACCUAGCACGUAAGGAUCAGCACGUAAGAGGGUUGCAGGAGCGUGAGUGGUGCACGUAAGAAUCAGCAAGUAAGAGGGUUGCAGGAGCGUGAGUGGUGCACGUAAGAAUCAGCAAGAGGGUUGCAGGAGCGUGAGUGGUGCACGUAAGGAUCAGCACAUGUACAGAGGCCAUGGCGAAUACUAUUUACAUGUGACCUACUCUUCAUAGUAGUAAAGAAUUGAUCUGUU